AUGAGAACCAACAUAAAGGUGUCAACUCAACUUCAGUCCCAUGUUGCUUCCGAUUUUAUGGUUUUUACUGUUACUCUCGCCGUUUUGUUACGAUGCACUAACUGUACAGGAGAUUAUUGUUACAUUGUGAAGUAUAACAAUAGGCAUACUUCAUUCAAAGCACAACAAUCGUUCUUUCAGGGUUGUCUAACCUCUCCUAUUGAUAUGCCUCUUGGAUGUUCUCAAAACAAUAAAGGAAGUGUGUUCUGUAUCUGCAACAGCACCAACAAUUGCAAUGAAUUUCAAAAUGUCAGAGAUGAGAAAAACUUGACCUAUUUGACCUGUCAAACGAUUGAUAAUGCUAUGUGGCCAAUUGUAGAGAACUGUGUUCAACCAUGGUGUUACAAGAAAUCAUCCAGUUAUGAUGAGGAAAGAGUUUAUUGCACUUCUCAAGAAAAAGAAAUCGAGAUGUAUGAUAUUGGGUUUGUCCAAACUGGAAUGCUACUUCCUAUAAGCGCUUGCUACUCAAUACAAGUGGAUUCACGUUUUGAAAAAGAUCAAUACUGUGUCUAUAAAACAAACAAAACCACUCCAUUCAAGCAAAAAGUGCCCGGAAAUAUAAAAUGCUAUGCACCAUCAGAAAUUAAAGAUCAACGAAUGAAAGUGAGAAGAACCAUAACCGGAACGUGUAGAUUGCCGAUGACGAAGAGGACAGGUAUUCUUAUCCAACAAGAUACGUUUGGAGUUCCGGAAUACGUGCUAGUGGAUUCAUCCCUUUUCUAA